GUCACCUUGGCGGGUCUGCCCAGCCUGGUCGCGUUCGUGGCGCCAGUCGGCCAUGCCCGCCUCGGGUCGCCCAAGGCCUGCCCGGUGCGCGGCGGGCCGCUGGCGCAUGCGCUCGCGGGCCCGGGGGCGAACCGCGGGAAUUUCGCGCCCGCCAGGGUGCGCGCGAAGGUUCGCCAGGCGUCGCUGGAGCUGGGGCUGCUGAUGGAGUCCCCGUCCACGUGCGUUCUCCGCCAGAUCGCCCUCGUCCAGGCCGCGGCGCCUGUCCCGCGGGCCGCGAAGCUG